AUGCCCCCCUUCAUCAUCAUCGCAUCGACACGCCUGACCGUCGGGCUCAUCUCGAGUCUGCUCAACAUCCUGACGAACCUCGGCGUCGUGGUAUGGGAUCUAGGGCUAACAUUGUUCAACCUGGUGGCACCGCUGCGACCUGCAGACCGUGUCGUGCCUGCGGGCUGCCCCGGCGCGGGCGGACGCUGGCCCGAAUACAUCCCGCCCAAGGAGGGCGACAGCCGGAGCGCAUGUCCGGGCCUGAAUGCACUCGCCAACCACGGCCUGCUCCCCCGCUCCGGGCGCAACAUCUCGUUCCGCCAGAUGAACGCGGCCAUCCGUUCGACGUUCAACUUCGCGCCCACGUUCUGCUUCUUCGUGCCAAGUUACAUGGCCGGCCUGCUCGGCAAGAGCUACUGGACCGACACGCUCGACUUGAGUGACAUCAGCGUGCACAACGGCAUCGAGCACGAUGCGUCUCUCACUCGCGAAGACACGUCUGAGUCGCCUCACCAAGGAGAACCCUGCGAGCGCUUCAUCAACGAGCUCCUCGCCUCGGGGACAGGCCCAGGCGGGAACCUCACCGUGGCCGACCUGUCACGUAUAUCGGGUAAACGGCGUACAGAAGCGAAGUCGAAUGGACAGUUCACGCUCUCCGCGUUCCACAAACUCUUCGGGAGUUCCAACUCGGGCACCCUCCUCACAAUCUUCGGCGGCAGGGUGCAAGACCUUCGUCCCAUAUUACUGGAGGAGCGCAUACCUGAAGGCUGGCAGCCGCGCAUUCGAAAUCCAGCCGGCCUCACAUUGACCGCAUUCCAACCGACAGUGUUAGGCAUAGAACUAGGAAUCGAAGAGGAGGCAUCUUGA